CGGACACUUGCCCACGCAGCGCUUGACGCAAAAGACAGUUUUCCUCUCAGCAACGACGUCGAGCAUGCACGCGUCGUUUCAUCCGCGGUUUCGCUGCUUUUUGUUUCGCGUCCGCUGAGAAAGCCGCCCCCCUGGGCUCAUCUCGUUCGCGUCAUUGACACUCUUGUCCCUAUUUCAGCUGGCCUUCGUAGCGCACCAUCACCACCGUGACGCUUCCGCGGCGCCACACCCCUUCUGACACAUCUCUCGCUGCUGACGAGGAGAUUUUUCAUGACACGUCGCAACGAGACUCGUCUCCGAUCGCCCUUGAGACUGCGACGUUAAGGCAUGCCCUCAUGCCCGAGGGCAGUUCCGACUUGACAAACGGUCACCACUCGUCCUCUUCACCCCAACAAGCCGACAUAUCCAAUUUCCUUUCGUCUUCAUCCGUCAUGCGAAAGGCAUCGCCUAUGCCGCAGGCGCUACCGCAGCCGGCAUACCCAACACCGUCAACGCCAUGGCAACAAGCUUCGAACGGGCUCACGAGCCCAACAGACUCUGCACCAACGGCAGGAAAGACAUCACAAGUUCUGGCCAAACUCACAUCGGAGUGUGAUCGGCUACGAAGAGAGAUCAAGGCGGAGAAGGCCGCGAAGGAAGAAGCCGUACAACAGUUUCAAGCGCUGAAAGGGCGAGUCAACUGGCUGGAGGACAAGAAUUCAACACUCGCAAUGCAGCUCGACGCGAAUGAAAAUGCACUGGCACGCAAGGAGAGAAGAUUGGACGACCUCAAAGCAUCGCUGGAAGAGGAGAUUGCGCGGCGAAAGAGAGCGGAAGACAGGGAAGCCGAGAUGGGCCGAAAGCUGGGCGAAACGGUAUCUCAAGCAUCCAAGGACGUGGCAGAAGCACACAUGGCUCAAAAGAAUGCGGAGAAUGCAUACGCAACUUUGGAGAACGAAUACCAGGGCCUGCAGAGGCGUAUCGCGUUCUUGCGCAAGGAGGUGGAGGAUCUGACCAAGAAGAUCAACGAGAACAGCGCCAUACACAAGCAUCAGCUGACACAACUGGAGGUGCUGCUGGACCAGCAGCGGCACCAACAAGAAAAGAGCGACAGACAAGUCCAGGAGAUGAGUGCACUCCUGAGGGAGUACAGGGAAACGGAAGAGAACACGAAGAGGCUAGAGAUCGAGAUGCAAGACGUAGUUCACGAGAUGAGAUGGGUCAUGCAGCUGCACAGGACAAGAUCGGGCGAGGACCCAAUGCCAUUGCAUACCCCGAAAGCAGAUCAUUCAUCGCCAAAGAAGCAAACAGCAUCGUUGCCGACUAGCAAAUCUGCGUCGUCGCCAAAGCUGCUGAGAAAGCUGCCUGUCAACGGCGUUGCUGUGUGAAGCCACGCCAUGCAUUCACAUCUGUUUCCACAUGUACUGUCACGAAAUGUUACGAUCUUCGCACUAUCCUUAAUGGGCACAUCUUAGACACUGGGCGGGCAACACCUCUCCAGCAGCUUGGCAAGCGAGGGGAAUUGGCAUGGCGUCUAUUGGGUUGAUCGGGGCUUUUGGCUUGAGAAUACGCACGUAAAAGGCCUCUCUAUUCAGGCGAGCAAGAGCAGUGCUUUCUGUUGAUCUAUGCUGGAAGUGCUUUGUGGUAGUCUGGCGUCUUCCAUUCAAGUACAUAAUUGCAUCCGUGUAGAAAGUGAUCUUCUAUGCGCAAGAGAUGCAACAUCACCUUGCAGCGGGACUCUUCAUAGAUACCAGGACUGCUCAUGAGUCCAACUUGUAUGAACAUCUCAAAGUUCUUGUCAUUCUUUUGGCGAUCAAGUAUCGUGUGCAGAGGUGCCGUAGCGUCAGUCUCAACCUCGAGAGGCAUGAUGCAGCCCAUCACAAGUUCAAGACGCCUCUGUAUGCAGUGGCAGUUGGAAUCUGUAUGUCAAGUCAGUCCGUCGUUCUCAC